UCUUGAUACCGCUUGUGUUGCCAGCAAACCAUCCGGGAACCACUCCCGGUUGGAACGAAGCCUAGUUGUUCUAGCACACCUCACGGGAUAGAUCUGGCUAUCAAGCCCCAAAACUAGUUGAUUGCUGGUUUUGCACAUAGUGGGACACAUGCGAUAUCCGCAUAUACUUAUAUCAUCGCUGUUACGCUGUGCUUUAUUUUCGCUCUUUUUCUUCUUGCCUCUUUUCGCUUCCACCAAGCGAGCUUAUUCUUGGACACCCACCCCAUGUUCUAAUCUUAAUACCCGAUUUGGUCACCUUCAAAUAUCUAUCCUGAGAUAUCCUUCACCUCCUUUCAAAACCAACAACCACAGACUACGCGAGAAGCAACAUGCUGGUCCCACUAAUGUUCAUGCCCGACCUGGAGGAGGGAACCUCCAAGACACCGGAAUCCCGUUCCAAGACAAGGCUCAAGCCACAGCUACACACCCAGAAAAACCACAACUGCUACAAUGGCACCCGAACACUGCCGAUAGCCAUUCGGAUUCGAUGUCAGGACAACUCCACCCCAGACCCGGAUUCUCAACCCCAGUGCGAGGACAAGCCCAAGUCAGAAUCCAAAAACCAUAAAGACGACGAGUCGCCGCUGUACGAAAUCACCCUCUACUACCCUCACAACCGCGCCUGCACGAUAUAUCGCUCCAGGGAAGACUUUUGGCUCCUGAGAACAGGCCUUUUGUCAUGCUCGUCGUCCACCGCUCCACAGCCUCUCGCAACAAUACCGCCCGGGAACAAAGAAGAAAGCGAAGGAGACACCGAGGAUGUCGCCAAAUGGGAUGCAAUGCUGAGGGAGGCAUUGAAGAGAUUCAAAAAGAGUGGCCAUGGCCGUCACUCGGUUGAAUGGUUCUUGAGGCGGCGGUUAGGAGACUGUGAGCGGAUGGCUAGUGGAAAAGGCACAGGACUACCGACGGGGACGACAAGACGGGUAAGGAUCAAGAAACCAAUAAAUAUGGACGAUAUCAAAACAACGGAUGAAAAAGCAGGACCGCAAGGGUACUUGGUGGAUUUUAUGGCCAAAUUGGACGAAAAGGUCGCGGUCAGGGACGGAGUAUGUCUACAUGAGGAAGAUACGGAGAAAGAGGAUGACGUGAUAUCGAGAGAGAGUGGGACAGAUGAUGAAAGGGAGAUUGUCAAAGACGAAUCAGUCAAGGACGAGGGGAAGCGCUGUGGUGAGAGAAAAGAGGCAGAUCGAGAAAGAGACAAAGUCAACGACAACCCGACCGAUAUUCCGACGGCAGAAGAAACCAAGGAAAGACAGUCUAAUGGUACAGAGGUUAUGAUAGGUUUGGACACGAUCUCAAUGUCUCAUUCCAAGCCUCUUCCCAACCUCAGCAAACUUGAAGGACAGUCCAUUGCCGCUAGGAGGAAAAGCAGGCAAAUGACUGAGAAUACAGGACCCUUGUACCAGAACACAGUACCAACUACUGAGGGAACCCUUCAAAGAAACAUGGAUGAUGUCGAGACGUCAACAUUGGACUCGGACUUGGCGUUGGGGGUCGAUACAAGCGACGACUCGUCAUCCGACGGCACAACGGUGCUUACACCAACAUCAAGUAGCGCUGAUGAAAUGUCACCAGGCGAUCCAGCUCCCAACGAGGCUCACAUGUACAAGUUCAUGCACUCCCCAAGAGCCUCAGAUUCCGACUGGGGUCCUGAAAAUUCUCAGUCUUUGUCAACAGAAUGACUUGGCACUUACACACUCUGAUGGUAUCGGUUAUUGGCGUAAUUUGAUAGGAGCUGGAUGGGGGAAAAGGAAAGGCGUCACUUGUAACAUGAAAGACUGCUAUAGUUUGAUAACUCAAUGAUAUCACAGGACGUA